AUGGCCCCUGUCACUUUCGCUGUCCGCUGUCAAUCGAUCGAUGAACUGCUCCAUCAGAGCCCACUCGCCCACCCCGAUUUUUCGACGUUCUCUUGUCUGCGCGUCAAGAUGGACAGCUCCGACCUGACCACGCCGGCCCUGGAGCCACCCCAAGGGCACUUCAGCGACCUCAACAAACCCCCCGUCCUGCGUGUUCACUUCAUUGCCACGGCGGCGGUCACGCUGGUGCUGUCGACGAUCGCCGUGGUCCUCCGGAUCUUCAUGAAAGCCCGAGUCCUGCGUCGCGUGCAGCUGGAAGAGUACAUCCUGGUGCUGUCUCUCGCCGGGUUCUACGCCUUUACCCUGUUGAUGGUCACGGCGACAAGCUUUGGGGAGGGAUCCCACCAGUGGAAUGUGUCGAUUGCAGACUUCAAAAUGGUGGUGGAACGGGCGAAUGUCAUCGAGAUCAUCUACUGCCCGACCAUCCUGGGGGCUAAGGUAGCAAUGCUGCUGCAGAUGAAACGCAUGUUCGUCGUCAGCAAGAAGGGCAAGCUGUACUGGCUGCAUGAGAUUCUGCUGUGGACCAACGUGCCCUGCUAUCUCGCCAUCACCCUGAGUUUCAUCCUGGCCUGUGUCCCCCGCCAGAAGCUCUGGGAGUCUGAUCUACCCGGCCGGUGCAUCUCGUCCAAUGGCUCGCUGAUUGCCUCGUCGGCCAUCAAUGUGGUUUCUGAUAUCACAAUGCUGCUCUUUCCGUUGAUGGUGGUUAUGCGACUGCAGCUUCCUACUCGAACGAAGUUGAUCCUGGGGAUGGUAUUCGGCACUGGCAUUCUGGGCUGUAUAUCCAGUGUCUUUCGACUUGUCUAUGGCGUCUUCCUGACCAAAACAAGUGACUUUACAUGGUCGAUUUCCCCUGUUGGGCUUUGGGCCAUUGGAGAGGUAUGCUCGGUCAUCCUGUCUGGUGCCGUCCCCAUGCUUCCAGGAUUCGUCAAGUUCGUGCGAGGACAAGAAGGAUCUGGCUCAGGGCCCUCGUAUGGUCUCGCAACGACCUCACGACGACGAGACAACACCGGGAACCUCGCGUUGCAGGGACAGACCGUGCCUGGACAGAUUGACAAGGGAGCCUACGAUCGUUAUUACGAGCUGGGGGUCAUGAAUGAUGCCCAUGCCAGUGUGACGUCUCUUAUCGAGGGACGUCAAAAGGCAGAUCCUGGGUCAAGCAUCGUCAAAACGGUCCACAUCCAAACUGGAUAUGAAUGA